UCCUUGCGUCCCGGCUCCGGCAGCGCCGCGGUGCGCUCCUGGUCCAGCCCUCCCGGCUCGGGGCUUCGCUUCCGAGGCGCCCGCGCCCCCGGGCUCCCCGCCUCGGCCACCCCGCGGCCCCGAUGCCGAGGCAUGGAUAGAGCGGCGCUGCGCGCGGCGGCGAUGGGGGAGAAGAAGGAGGGCGGCUGCGGGGGGCACGCGGCGGCCGCGGAUGGGGGCGCCGGGGCCGCGGCCAGCCGGGCGCUGCAGCAGUGCGGGCAGCUCCAGAAGCUCAUCGACAUCUCCAUCGGCAGCCUGCGCGGGCUGCGCACCAAGUGCGCCGUGUCCAACGACCUCACCCAGCAGGAGAUCCGCACCCUGGAGGCGAAGCUGGUCCGGUACAUUUGCAAGCAGCGGCAGUGCAAGCUGAGCGUGGCUCCUGGCGAGAGGACCUCAGAGCUCAACAGCUACCCUCGCUUCAGCGACUGGCUUUACACCUUCAACGUGAGGCCGGAGGUGGUGCAGGAGAUCCUCCGCGAGCUCACGCUGGAUGCCCUGCUGGACAUGAAUGAGGCCAAGGUGAAGGAGACGCUGCGGCGCUGCGGGGCCAGCCCCAAGGACUGCGGCCGCCUGCAGUAUGGCCUCGCCUGCCUGCGGAAGGGAGGGGAGCACAAAGAGGACUCGGGCUGGAGUUCGUCGGAUGCCCGGCGGGAAAGUGGCUCAGGGCCUUUCAUCGACACCCUCUCGCCAGCCAGCCUGCCUUGGCCCCUGGGAAGUGCCCAGUUGGGCAGAAUGGGCAGUAGUGCCCAGGGCCCACGCUCUGUCUCCGUGUCAGCUCUGCCCACCUCGGACUCCCCAGCCCCUGGCCCUAGCGAGGGCCUUUCGGACACCUGCAUGCCCCUGCAUGCCAGUGGCCGGCUGACCCCCCGUGCCCUGCAUAGCUUCAUCACCCCGCCGACCACGCCCCAGCUUCGCCGGCACACCAAGCUGAAGCCACCGAGGACGCCGCCCCCACCCAGCAGAAAGGUCUUUCAGCUGCUGCCCAGCCUCCCCACGCUGACCCGGAGCAAGUCCCAUGAGUCUCAGCUGGGGAACCGCAUUGACGAGGUCUCCCCAAUGAGGUUUGAUCUCCCGCAUGGUGGAUCCCCACAGAUGGUACGAAGGGACAUCGGGCUGCCGGUGACUCACAGGUUCUCCACCAAGUCCUGGCUGUCACAGGUCUGCCAUGUGUGCCAGAAGAGCAUGAUGUUUGGAGUGAAGUGCAAGCACUGCAGGUUGAAGUGUCAUAACAAGUGUACAAAAGAAGCCCCCGCCUGUAGAAUAUCCUUCCUGCCACUACCUAAGCUUCGGAGGACAGAAUCUGUCCCCUCGGACAUCAACAACCCGGUGGACAGAGCCGCCGAACCCCAUUUCGGAACCCUCCCCAAAGCGCUGACAAAGAAGGAGCACUCUCCAGCCAUGAACCACCUGGACUCCAGCAGCAACCCGUCCUCCACCACGUCCUCCACGCCCUCCUCGCCGGCGCCCUUCCCGACGUCAUCCAACCCAUCGAGUGCCACUACACCCCCCAACCCCUCGCCCGGCCAGCGGGACAGCAGGUUCAACUUCCCAGCUGCCUACUUCAUUCAUCAUAGACAGCAGUUUAUCUUUCCAGACAUUUCAGCGUUUCCGCAGGCGGCCCCGUUCCCCGAGGCAGCGGACAGCACCCGGCUCGACGACCAGCCAAAAGCAGAUGUCUUGGGGGAUCAUGAAGUGGAGGCCGAGGAGCCGGAGGCCGGCAAGUCCGAGGCAGAAGAUGACGAGGACGAGUUGGACGACUUGCCAAGUUCUCGCCGGCCCUGGCGGGGCCCCAUCUCACGCAAGGCCAGCCAGACCAGCGUGUACCUGCAGGAGUGGGACAUCCCCUUCGAGCAGGUGGAGCUGGGUGAGCCCAUAGGGCAGGGCCGCUGGGGCCGGGUGCACCGCGGCCGCUGGCACGGCGAGGUGGCCAUCCGCCUGCUGGAGAUGGACGGCCACAACCAGGACCACCUGAAGCUGUUCAAGAAGGAGGUGAUGAACUACCGGCAGACGCGGCAUGAGAACGUGGUGCUCUUCAUGGGGGCCUGCAUGAACCCCCCCCACCUGGCCAUCAUUACCAGCUUCUGCAAGGGGCGGACGUUGCACUCGUUUGUGAGGGACCCCAAGACGUCUCUGGACAUCAACAAGACAAGGCAGAUCGCUCAGGAGAUCAUCAAGGGCAUGGGAUAUCUACAUGCCAAGGGCAUCGUGCACAAAGAUCUUAAAUCCAAGAACGUCUUCUACGACAAUGGCAAAGUGGUCAUCACAGACUUUGGGCUGUUCGGGAUCUCGGGCGUGGUCCGAGAGGGACGGCGAGAGAACCAGCUGAAGCUCUCACACGACUGGCUGUGCUACCUGGCCCCUGAGAUCGUUCGUGAGAUGACGCCCGGGAAGGACGAGGAUCAGCUGCCGUUCUCCAAAGCUGCUGACGUCUAUGCAUUUGGGACUGUUUGGUAUGAGCUGCAAGCAAGAGACUGGCCCUUUAAGAACCAAGCUGCAGAGGCCUUGAUCUGGCAGAUUGGAAGCGGAGAGGGAAUGAAGCGUGUCCUGGCCUCCGUCAGCCUGGGGAAGGAAGUCACUGAGAUCCUGUCUGCCUGCUGGGCUCUCGACCUGCAGGAGAGGCCCAGCUUCACCCAGCUGAUGGACAUGCUGGAGAGACUGCCCAAGUUGAACCGACGGCUCUCCCACCCCGGACACUUCUGGAAAUCUGCUGAGCGCUGGCGGAGCCGCUACUACGGGAAAGGACGUUACGGUCACCUUGACUUUAAGAACUCCUGUCCGGUUCUGGAGGAAUACAUUAACAGCAGCAAAGUUGUACCCCGGUUUGAAAGGUUUGGCUUGGGCGUCCUGGAGUCCAGUAAUCCAAAGAUGUAGCCAGAUCUGCCGAUUUCGUUCUUUCUUAAAUGUGUUUCUAAAACAUCCAAAAACCACUACGACAAAAAAGAAAAAAAAAAAGCCAACACUCUUCGAAACGUCAGCCACCCCCUCCUAAGUGCUGCAAACCGGGAGCAGGAGUCCUCGAUUCAGACUCUUCCAGACUGAAUGGGUCCCGGAGGUGGAGCUGUACCUGCUGUUUCUUAAAGUGACAUCACCAACAACCAGCCCUGUCCUGACAGGCAGCAAAUGUUUACAUGUAUGUUUCUGUGGCGUGAACUCGAUGUUUUACAAUAGGUAAUAAUAAAAACAGUCUGCGCUGAGGCGCACUGGCGCCGUCGGCCGGGAUGGCAGAAGUGGCCGUCCCUUCUGGAGGACCCUGUAGGCAGUGAGGAGCCCACACUGGGCCUGAAGGAAGAAAAGCAUCAUGACUGGCUGCUCUCGGGGAGGAUGGGGGUGCUACAAGGUUUGACCCAGCGUCUGGCCCUAAACCCCAUUAGUGGGGAAUUUCCCUCUGUAGAGUUCUCCCCUUGUCCUGUCAAAGGACACUGUCCUUUCCUCCUCUUGCAGAGGAAACCCUGGCUGGGAACAGAGCUGGAUUAUGAGGGUCAGGAGUUCGUGCUUGAGUUCACCUCUGACCCCUGUAAUCCAGCCCAUACCUGCUACAAAAGUAGAGACGGAUGAAAUCCAAAAUAGCGUCCGGACUGACCCAGUGGUUCCUAGCCAGGGUUUCCGCUACCUGUAGAGAUGUUUCUUUUGUGAAGCCCCCAGGAAGACACCAAGGAGAUGGGACUCAGGGCCUUGGCUUUUUAAACACAUCCCAGUCCCUGACUGACAUUUGACCCCAGAGCUAAGGGCCUAUCCCAGCAGCUGCGUAUACUAUGAAUGCUUGGUUGGUGAGAACAAGGGAGGUGGGGGGAGGGAGAAGCAGCAGGCACAGCUGGUCCCUGAGCCCACCCUCCCGGCCACAGGAUGACCUGGCACUGGAGAAACCCAUCAUCAGUCAUGCCAACGUUCUGGAACUGCCCACCUCUUCCACUCCUCCGUCCUGUUGAAACCCCUUAGCCCACUCCUGACUCCACUACUGUCCAUGUUCAGAGCUGUUAGCUGAGAUGGGAGGCAGGGGCCCCGCACCCCUUUCAUUUAGACCCAGCUAGUAAGCCCCCCGAUCUUCAGAGCCUCCCCAAGCCUCGAGUCAGGCCUCCUACUUGUGUACAUUUGUACCAGGAGGGGCCAGACCAGGAAAGCCCGUGAUGUGAGAGUGUUGCAUCCUGCCUAUCUAUCUUCAUUAGAAGCUGUCACCUAAAAAGUUCCAAAUGGCAAAGAAGCCCUUCAGUGGACGUUAUGUCAUGUUAGGCUGCAAAACCAGAAAUGACAAAGGGUGAUGCAAGUGGAGAUAUGGUUGGAUUCAGACCCAGAACCUGUGUCCACGCUCUGAGCUAAGAUGGGGAGGCAUGUGGCCUUCCCACCCCUUUCAGUUCGACCCACCUAGCAAAGUCCCCAAUCUUCAGAGCCUUCCCUGGAGUCUGGCCAAAACAUCAUAUAAAACGGGCCGCUCUGCCUGGAAGCUGUGAGACUGCCUUCUGGUCUCCGGGCCAGGGGCCCCUUGGCAGACUCCUACUUGGAGAGAGCUUGCAGUGCAAGGGACCCAGGCCUCCUGCUGCCUGUCAGCACCUUAACCCUUUGCAUUCAGGGCGUAGGGGGACAGCAGGGGCUGUAAACUAGCCGGAUUUUUUCUCCUCUCUGGGACCGUUUUGCCCCAUCAUCCCCUUGGCCUCCCCCCAAGCCCUCUACGGAUCUCCCAGACCCAAAGCCACAUGGUGUGUGACCGUCACCUCUGGCUAAGUCAGGCUCCUUCCCACAUGCCCGCGCCUUCCCAGAGGUCGCACCUUGUGCAUCUCGGGGCCCCUCACCUUUCCCCUCUGAACCUAUGGACAUGCGGGCGAACCCAGGGGUUGGACGACAGCCAAGCAAGUCAGGCUCAACUCCUCCCUGGCCCCAACUCACAGCCCACGGAAAGUCACCUGGGUUUUGUUUUUUCUCAUGAGUGUCACCCACUGGUCAAUUCCAGAAGCUUUCAUCAAACACCUAUGGUGUCCUGGGGACAGGAGCAGUCGCAGUCCCCACCCUUAAGGAACUGACGUUCUAAUGGGAGAGACCUGAUGUCUGCCAGGAACCCCAAGGAUGGAGCUGAAGGACUGGGGGACACCCUCCCGACUCUCGCCCUGAGCCUCUGCACUGCCUGUCAUUUAAGAGAAACACCCGAGGGAAGCCCCCCACCUGGUCCCCUUCUCCCUCUCUCUAAGUGACUGUGAAUUGAGGUUAGAACAUGCUUGCCUGCCGUGUGCUCUCCCCGUCUGCUCUAGAAACACAUGAGGGACGGCAGAUACUGUGAAUUCAGCCCUCACGCCAACUGUGAAGGGGAUGGAGAAGCUGGGAGGGCCUCCUUGGUGAGAGCUCUGGGGACUACCCACUGGGGCCUGAGAGUGGAGCCCAAGCCUUGGCCCUUCAGGGCCCUCUAGUUCCCAGCCUCACCUCCAAAGCUCAAAGUCUAUGUCCCUGCUGCCUGGGGCCACCCGAGCCACAGCCUCCUGGGUCUCCAUCCAACUCAAGGUCUCAAGUCCUAGCAACGUCCUGGUUAGUCGUGAGCAACGUUUUGCAAAGUUGACCUCUCCAUGUCACCAAAUCAAAGAUGGGUGCUGGGCCCUGGAAUCCCUUUGCCCUCCCGUGGCAUUUCUUGUGAUCAGAGGGGGAGGGCGAGCCCUGUAUGCCUGUGGUGGUGGUCUGUAUUGAUUUGGGGGGCGGGCAGAGACAUAAAUGUGAAGCCAAUUAGGGAGCUCGUGCGAUGCUGCAAUGUUAGGAUUUCAUCAGUGUGUGCAAACCCAGCGUCUUCUGCGGCCACGAGGCACACACUUGCUGUUUUUGAAUGUGAUGUAAAAUUUGUACAGUAAAAGUUUUUAUAUUUUCUAUCAACUGCAUUUGUCUUCCAGAAAUGCUAUUAAUUUAAAUUAAAAUGGUUAGUAUUAACGAAUGUGCUAUAUCCGGGUUUUUUUGCCCCUGGCAAGAACACACCCUUUGUGCCGAGCCAAGCCUGGGUGGCUGGAGUUUGCGAGUAAAGUUGUACCAAGGUG